AUGUCGUCCAGGGGCACGUCCCCGCGAGGGAGCGCGUCCCCGCCGAAAGCGCGGCAGUCCUGGGUCGAGGGGAGCUCCUCGCAUCCGGUGUCCGCGCGGUCGAGCUCGCCGAGUCGAGGCGACGGACCGCCGGGCGGAAACGCGCGACGUCGUGGUACCGUGGACGACGACAACGGCUCAACAAGACGCGCGGGCUCCUCUCGGGGGGGAUCGCGCGACGCGUCCCCCGCGGCGCGCGCCGCGACGCCGACGACGUUCGAGCCGUCCGUGUACGUCGCUUCUUCGUCCCCGGGGCGCGCCGCGCGGAGAGACGACGCGCCGAGCGCGGCGGAGGUGGUGGCCGCGGCCGCGGUGGCGGACGGGAGCGCGUUUAAUCUGAAAAAGGCGGGCGCGUCCGGACGCGCCGCGGCGAAAGACGGCGCGAUACUCGCGCUGUCGAAGCAGCUGGACGCGAUGCGCGCGAGGCUGACGGAAGAGGCUGCGCGCGCGCAGGCCGCGAUCGAGGGAGCGAGCGCGUCGGAGAAGCUCCGCGCGGAGGCGGAGGCGACGAUGAACGAGAUGAACGCGAACGCGCCCCCGGCGUCGCCCCCGGGGGCGACGCCGACGCCCGCGGCGCCCCUCCGCGGCGGCGACAGCCCGAUGAGCGCGCAGGGAGGCGUCAACGGUCAUCGAGAUUCGUCCUCUCGCGGCGCGCUGUACCAGCGCGAGCGCGGGCAGUACGUCGCGAUAUUACGACUGGAGGACGAGAACAAAGCGUUGCGCGCGCGUCUUGAGGAGGCGGAGCGCCGAGAGAAGGAGGCGCGUUCUAUACACUGGUCCUCAUACGACCGCGCUCGAACGCAAGUGGACGUCGCGGCUACCAACGCGAGGAACGAGGCGCUCGCGGACAACUUCGCGGAGCGGCGCACGCUGAACAACGUCGUCGUGCGAUCGCUCGAGCGCAGCGCGGUGAAGUUCGCGGAGGGGCGCCUGCGCGCGGCGCUCGCGGCGUUGAGGAUCUACGCGCGGAAACGACGCGCGUCGAGGUCGCUCCAAUCACGCGCCGGGCCCAAGUGGAAAAAGAUUCAGACGCGCGCGGCGUUUACGCAGUUCACGAACACGAUACGAUGGGUGUGGCGCGUUCGAACCGCGUGCGAUCGCGUCGGGGUGAUGACGCGGUCGCGCAGAUCGCGCGCCGCGUUCUUGGGGUGGGCGAGCGAGACGCGGCGGGCGUACGCGAACGCGAGGAAGGCGGCGCGGAAGGCUUCAGACUUGUACCGCAAGCGCGACCGGUUCGCGGUCGCGGCGACGUUUGGCGCGUGGCGCGUCGUCGCGAGCGAAAAGGCGCGCGUCGAGAGGAAACUCGCGCGCAUGAAGCGCGCGCACGAGAUGCACCGCCGCGCGAUCGCGUGGAGGGAGUGGCGUCGGGAGUUCACCGCCGCGCGUCGCCGGCUGGCGCACGACCUCGCCGCGUUGCGCGUCCGAGCGCGUAAGAGCCGCGACCGGUGGAUGUUCCGGAGGUGGAAAGAGCACGUCUGGCGCGCGCGCGUCUUCGCGAAGAUGGGAGCCGGGAAGCUGUCGCGCGCGCACCGACGGAGAUACCUCGAGGUGUUCCGGUCCUGGGCCGCGGACGCGCGCGCGACGGCGCGCUUGAGACGCCGCGUCGGAGGGUUCGUGAAGGCGACGAUAAAGACGCACCUUCGACGCGAGAUGCGCGCGUGGAGGGACAUCGCGGGCGGGUGGCGCGUCAUGAAAGUCGCCGUCGCGAGGAUGCGCGCGAUGCAAAAGAAGCGCAGGGUCGCCCGGGCGUUCGACGCGUGGGCGACGGACGCGCGAGCUUCGGCGGCGGCGCGAAGAAGCGCGACGCUCGCCGCCGUCGUCCGUUGGCGCGCGGCGGCGUCGCAGAGCGCGAAAUACCGCGCGCUGUUGAGACGCGGCGAGCGAAACGCGGCGCUGCGAUGCGCCCAGAACGCGAUGCGCGAGUGGCGGUACGCCGCCGCGCGAUCCGCCGCGCGCGCCGCGGUCGAGAGAGCGAGCGACGCGACGGAGGCGAUGACGACGCUUCGCGCCGAGGCGGACGCGCUUCGACGCGCGUCGGACGUCUCCGAGGAAGCCGCUCGGAAAGCCUCCUCGCGCGAGGCGGAGACGCGCGCGCUGCUCGAGGCUGCGGAGGCGCGCGCGAGCGUCCUCGCGCCCGGCGGCGGCGGCGUGUUGGAGUCGCCGCUGACGUGGAGGGAGCUGAUUGGCACGGGCGCGGAGGACGUCGCCGGCGACGCGGCGGCGUCGGACCUCGAGUGCGACGCGCUCGCGCCGGUGUUCUUGCCCUACCGCGACGGCGACGGCGACGUCGAGCCGGCGGCGAGGGGGUGCGUCGUCACGAUCCUUCCCGGCGGCGACGGGACGACGACGACGGCGACGGCGACGAAGGGGGGGGAUGCGAAGAAGAGGAGGAAGAAGAAGGACGCGGCGGCGACGGACGAAGACGCGGCGCCGCGGAUGGCGGUGACGUGCGUCGAAAUCGACGACGCCGGGGGCGCCGACGCGAGUUGGGACUACGAGCCGAAGUUGGCGUGGGCCGCGAUCGCUCCGGUCGGGGACGCGCCGGUCUCGGUGCAGAACCCCGCGAUCUGCGCGUUGUCAGCGACGGCGGCGGCCACCGCGGCGGCGGCGGGCGGCGCCGACCCCGCGGACGUCGUCGGCGGCGUCUUCGUGUACGGCGGGUUCGACCCGCACGAGGAGGACCCGCGCGACGACGAGUUCGCGCCCCCGGAGUGGGAGUGGGUGCGACUCCCGAGGGCGCUCUUCUCCCCGCCGCCGCCGCCGCGGUCGCACGCCGUCGCGUUCGCGCCCGCGCCCGAACCCGGGACCAUGCCGGACGUGUUCGUUCACGGCGGAUACCAGAGCGGCGUCGGGCUCGUCAACGACCUGUGGCGCUUCGACGUCGCGUCGCUGCGGUGGUGCUCGCCGGAACAGUACGGCGACGUCCCGUGCCCGAGGAGAGACGCCGCGUGCGCGACGGCGCCGGGCGCGCGCGGGCGAACGUUCGUCCACGGCGGCGUCGCCGCGGACGGCGCGACCCUCGGUGACGCGUACGCCUUCGACGCGACGACCUGCGCGUGGACGCGGCUCCCGCCGGAUGCGGUCGCGGCGUCCGAGGAGGAGGCGCGCGACGACGCGUCCCCGAUUUCGCGAUUCGGCGUCGCCGCGGAGAUUUCCGUGCUCGCGUCGCCGCCGGCGCCGCCGUCGCCGUUCCCCACCCCUCGCGCGAAGCACGCGCUGACGGUCGUCGGGAACCUCCUCCUCGCGUGCGGCGGCGUCGGCGUCGACGGCGGCGCGGUGUCCGACGCGGUCGUUUACGCGCUGGAGCUCGACGCGCUGACGUGGCGGCGACUCCGCGUCGGCGCGGCGGCGCCGAGCGAAUCCCCGCCGGGCGCGGCGCACCGCGUGACCCACGCGAUGUUCCCGCACCGCGCGGGCGUGAUGCUCGUCUCCGGCGGCGGGGCGACGAUAUGCGACGAUGUGAUACCGCCGGACAACGCGACGAGACGAAGACGCGGCGAGCCGAGGGCGUACCUCGUCGAGCUCGCCGCCGCGAAGGAGGGCCGGCGGUUGCGCGCGACGGUGAGCGCCGCCGUCGCCGCGCGCGCGUCGGCCGAGGACGACGCGAACCGCGCGCGCGCGGCGAAGAUGUCCGCGCUGGACGAGACGCAGCUCGUGCGCGCGGCCGCGUGCGUCUUGAAAGAGGAAGCCGACGCGGUCGCGCGCUCGGAGGCGCUCGGGAGAGAGGCGCAACGGGUGUUGCGGGACAAGCUGGCGCGCGCGAGGGAGGACGCGAGGCUCGCCGACGACGCCGCCGCCAGGGCGGAGGCGGAGGCGGAGGCUGCGCACGACGCCGCAUCGCUCGCGAGGAUGGCCGUCGCGGAGUCCAAGCGCGCGGCCGCGGAGACGAGGGAGGCGGCGGAGGCGCAGCUCGCGCGCGCCAAGGCGCUGUCCGAUCGAAGAGCCGCGUACGCGACGGAGUUGGAAGAACGCGUCAGGCGGGAGGAGGAACGCGUGUCCGAGGCGCGAGACGAGACGCGCGCGUACGCGAUCAAGGCGGCGAAGUGGGAGAAGGCUGCCGCGGUCGCGGAGAGCCGCGCGCUCGCAGCGGACGAGGCGACGUCCGCGAUGGAGCGAGCGCUGAAGAAGGCGCGAGAGGCGGUGUUCUACGACGCGGACGGGGACCCGCGAUUGGAAAAGGCGGAGGCUGUGAAUUUGGACUUGAACGCGCGGCUGGCGCGCGCGACGGAAGCGGCGGAGCAAGCCAAACGCGCGCAGCACCUCGCGGAAACGCACGCCAAAGAGGCGUUAGAUAAGCUCAUGGACGCGGAGCGAGCCGCGGUCAGAGCGGAGGAGAGGGCGCUGCAGGCGGAGGCGGCGCGUUUGGACGCCGCGGCGGAUGCGGAGACGCGCGCCGCGGCGAUGCGCGAGGAAAUCGCCGAGUUGGAAAAAGAAGUCGCGCGCGCCACGGAGGUUCGAUGGGGGGAGGACAUCGACUACGUCGCGAACGUCGGGGACGACGUCGUGAACGACGAGGGGCUCCCGGACCGCCUGACGUCCAUCGUGAACGUGGGACUGAAGUACUAG